AUGCAUUUCACCUCUCCCGUCCUCACAGCAGGUCUCGCCCUGGGCGCAGCUCGCGUCGCGGCAUCCGACAUCCCUCCACCACCUCUUCCAGAACCAAUUGACGUCAUCGAGAUCCCUCUUCCUCCGGUGGCCCCGUCAACCGAACAGGGAGCAUGUACACCAUUGCUCAAUCCUCGAGGGACGGGAUGCAUCCGAAAAGAUAGAGACAAGUUCCAGGCCGGCGAUUUCACGCCCGAUGGGAACCACGUAGUUGUCAACGUCGACUUCGUCGGCGCACCCGCAUCCCCAGAUCCGGCGAGCAUCUAUGCAGGCGAGCAGCUCAUCCUGGUCAAAGUCGACGGAACCACGUUCGCCAACGGCGACUCUUGGAAGUGUCUGACCUGCGCCGUGCCGCCCGAGAACGCGCUCGGGCUGGACCCGCGGACGGACUACCCCCACGCUUUCCGCAGCGGGACUAAGGCGCUCUGGGGCCACAACAUCAUCGACUGCGGCAGCGUGCCGCUCGAUAAAUGCGACCCCGAGAACACGCACAUCUACCCUAUCCACUGGCCUACGACCGCAGACGGUUCAGGACCAGGCGGGCUUGCUCGAGAGCUACGGCUGCACCCCGACGACGUGCACAUGGGCUUCAACGCAUUCACUGAUGUGGGUGGCCAAAACACCUUCUUGGCACGCCUCGAAUUCAACCCGGACCCCGCGACCGGCGAGCCCCAGGUGCCCCGGUACGACUUGGUCGACGUCAACCUCCUCCUCCAGCUCAACGGCAAACCUCCGAUCGAAGUCGUCGGCGACGAGCUGCAAGUCCACCGCGACGCCAUCACCGUCGGCGAGCUCCGGGGCUUCAGCGGGUCCGGCGACGAAAUCAUCUACAUCGGCAUGCCCUGGGAGUCCACUAACAUCGACCUCAUGGCUGUCCACGUUACCACGGGCGCUAUUCGCCGCCUGACGAGUCACCCGGAGUACGUCGACCCGGCCGCCGUCUCCCACGACGACGAGUGGGUCAUCGCCAUGGAUACGCGUGGGUCGGAUCGCCAAAUGUGGAUGUCGGGCAUGCGCUGGAUUCCGCCCAUGAUUGACAUUCUCGCGGUAUCUGCUGCCGCGUCGACGCGGAACAAUGGCCCGCGGCGAUUCUUCCAGCCCAUCCUUAUCGAUAAGUACGGCGAUAGAGGAGAUUAUUUUGGCCAGCAGGUCAAUGCUGCCGGGGACGGGAGCGAUGGAAGCGUCAACGAUCCUAACUGGAACGGGCUGGCGGAUCCCGCGUUCUCGCCGGAUAGCACACGCAUCGUGUAUUACCAGGGUCUAGUGGUUGCGCCUUCCUGCGGUGGGGAUAACCCCCUUCCAUGCCCGGAAUCGACGGCCCAGGGCGGCCGCGAGUACCGGCUCAUGGUUGCCAACCUUACAAGCCGGCAGCCCAAGGCCCCGGCCCCGGUAUAUCCGGUUCCGGACGCGAUCCCCUGGGCCACGCCGUUUCCUCCCGGCGCCAGCGCUCCUCAGCAGUUCGUCUUCCAACCAGGCGAGUUCACACUUGCGGGCAGGGUGUCGGGCUCAGCAUCGGUCAACUUCACCGAAGAUGCAUCCAUCCCCGGCGCCAUCGGCUCCGUAUCGGUGGCUUACUCAGACUUUUGCGACGAGGAGGGAUACGUUAUCAACGGCGCGGAAGAGUUUAGCCGUGAGCUCGAUUUGUCGAACCCCUGGAACCAGGUCGUCCACUGGUUCUCGGACCUCACGCAGACUGGGUCCGUUGAGGCCACCAAGAAGACGGGCCCUGGGGGCUUCCACCUCCAGAUCGAUGUCAUGACCAACAUUUUCAACGCUAGUGGGACAUUGACUACGACAAUUGAUGAUGUGGUCUAUAAGCAGCCCGCGAAUGGAACUUGA